ACACUGUGUUUACCGGUUGAUUGGAAUAUAUUUGUCGCUCACGCUACUUACUAUGUCUGAGUUUGACCCUGUGUCUGACUUUCUUGCUCGUGAACAGGCGGCCCUUGGCGAUUUAGGCGAUGAUUUCAAGCUAAGUGAAGAGAAUGCUGAUAUAGAAGUUCAAUCACAUGAACCAGCCUCUGAUCCUAGUUAUGUAUUUCUUAAUGGACAAUCGACAAUGAAUGGUUCUCAUGUUGAACAAAAAAAUCUCAAUGAGCCUAAUUAUAAUAUUAACGAUUCUGAUCAUGAUUUUAACACAAUGAUAUUAUCAUCUGACAAUAAUAAUAAUAAUGGCACAGAAUCUUGGCGUGAAGAAUUUAACAAAAGAAUCAAAGCUAAAGAUGCUGAAGAAGAGAAAAAGUGUAGUGAAUUAAUGGAAACUGGAAAAAGGGAAUUAAAUAAUUGGUAUAAAGAAUAUCAUCAACAUUUAGAGACAAGAUCUCGUGAAUUACGUGAGAAGAAACAUGAUUCAAAUGGUCAGUUAAUGAAUGGUGGCGAUAAGCCAUCUGUGAAAGAUACAGCUGUUUGGGAGAGUAUUUGCAAUUUAUGUGAUUUUCAAUCCAAGCAAAAAUCUGCAAUUGAUACAUCAAGAAUGCGUAAUAUUCUCCUCUCUCUUAUAGAACCAAACAAUUAACAACAUACAGUAUUCUAUAAAAAUCAAUAAGGACAAUAUGUGCCUUUCUAUUAUUAUUAUUAUUCUUUCCCGUAUAAUAACACACUGAUUGUGAUAUUUACCCAAAUAGGAAAAAAAGUGCCUUGUCGUGUUGUGUGUGUGUGUGUGCGUGCGCGCGCGCUGUACACUGUAUGAAAUUCAAAUUGCCUCAUUCAACUAAACUAUUGAUGAAUUUCGUGUUGUUUUUUUUAAAGUUUUUUCUCUUUAUUCAAAACACAUUUUGUUAUAAAAAAAGUUUUUUUUGUAUUGAUUUCAAUGGUCAAUGUUUGUUUCCCUAUUAGGAGAAUAUAUGCUACAUUGAUCAAACUUUGAUUACAUUGGUUGAUUUUUAUUUUGAACAUUGAAUUUUGGUUGUUUUUUUUGUGUACAUCAUGUACUUUUUGUUUUGUAAGCGAACAUUAAUUACCACCUUUUCAGCUGUUCAGUUGUCUGUCUUAUGUUAUAAUAAUUCAGAAAAAUGUAUGUGUGUGUGUGUGUGCGCUAGUGAUUGAUUACUACAUUUCAUGUUCCAUGUCGGAUAUGUUUGUGCGGUGGAUGGAGAGUUUUUUUUCUUUCCGUACGUGCGUUGUGCCUUUACAUUUUUUCUCUUCAUAAUUUAUAAUGUUAAUAUUAAAUAAACAAUUUGAUUUAU